CUCUCAUCCGUGCCCUACAUUAAAAAGUUAGACUAAAUAAUAUAAGGGGUUUUAUGCUUCCUCUCCGCCUGGAGUGAGUGCAAGUGGCGGCAAAAAGGUUUGCGUUUCACCGAAGUUCCUUUCCUCCUCCCUCCGCGCCUCUCUGGAUGGGCGCGAACGCGAGCCCACGGCGUAGCCAACGCGGCGAAGAGGAGGAGCUCGUCGCCUCUCCUACCCCUUCUCCUUCUCCGACUCCAACUCCGACUCCGGCUCCCAAGUCCCCUACUCCUUUCUCUCCUUCUCUUCCCCCUCCUCCCAAGCGCUCGUUCCCCACCACGACCCGAUUCCCCUUCUCUCCAUCCCCCGUCGCCGUCUCCUCCGCCGCCGCCGCCGCCGCAGACGCUUCCUCCACCGACAAAGCCUGCGUUUCAUUGUUCGAUUGGUGGUUGCUUGGAGUCGAGAGAGAAUGCGGCGGGAAGAAGCUUGCGGUCGGUGGGUUCACGACCAGGAAACAAGCAACGAGGAUUUUCACUUCUGCACCUAUUGUGAAAAGGCAUGAUGCAUACACUCUUGAGACUGAAGAUGGUAUCAUUGUGAUAAUUCAGGGCAUGAUAAACAGAGAGCGCAUGCAGAGCAAUGGGUUUCCUCCUGAGGUGAGCAAAUGUUUCCUGAUUGGAUUUCCUUACAAUUGGGAUCAGUAUGCUAACGAAUAUCUCCAAAAGAAUCCUGCCUCUACAAAUUCUUUGGGAAGUUUCUUUAGUGUUAGCGAGCAGCAUAAGGAUUCAAUUAAAGGAGGUGACUUUGGGGCCAAAAUAACCAGAAAUUUCAUCGAUAGUAUUAAAAAUCUAUUUCAGCUUACUUCCGUGGAUUCUAUUGUGCAAAGAUCUCAAUGCUUGCCGAAUGAGGCAGAAACACAUAAGUACAAGGAUGCCAAUAAAAAUGUUGAUCUCAUGCCACAUUCUGUGGAAGGGAACUUAAGUGCUAAAACCAUUGAAAGCUCAGAAAUAUCGGGGAUGAAAAGUGUUUUAAUUAGUUCAUCUCUAAAUGUGGAAGAUGUUAUACCAGGAGAGCAAAAUCAUAGUGGAAAUUUACGAACAGAUGACCGAAAUGUUUUGGAUAAUACCUCAGUCCAGAAAGGUGCGACCAUAAUAGAUGCAGGUUUAUUGAAGGUCCGCAUGAAUGUAGCUAGAACCCUUCUUGAUUCUUGUGGCAGCACUUCUCGAAAAAUUUCAACUAGAAAAGCUGGAGCUAGAACAAAGUCGCAGGUUUCAUCGCUGAACAGAGAAGUUGAGCCUUCUGAUUUGAGUCAAGAAAAUACAGGUUCUUAUUGUGUUAAAGGGGAAUCAACAAGCUUAAUUAAUGUGGAGGCAAUUAAUUCUGAAGCUCCAGUAGUAGAGAAGAGGAGCAAGGAUGAAGUAUUGAGCACACCAAGGAAGAGGAAGAUCAAACAACCAACCUCUAGUGUUAUUCAUUUAGAGGCUUCCCCGGUGGAGAAAAAGACCAAGGAAAAAGUUUUGCGGACUACAAAAAGAACAACCAAAACACCAACCUCUCAGGUAUAUCAAGCUCCAAUAACUCGACAACAUGCUAAGCAACUGUCUUUUGCCUCUCCGGAGUCUCUCAACUUGAGAAGAACUAGAUCAGGUCGUAUUAUAGUUCCACCACUGGCUAAGGGAUCUCAACAAAUAAUUUAUGAUGCGGAUGGUUCUAUUACUGGAAUUACUGGUUUACAGCCGACUUCCUAUAAAGGGAGUAAAUCAGAGCCGCCUCAAAGGAAAAGGAAACUCAGAUGACUGUUUCUUGGAGUGGCUUUAGGGACUAGGUCAUCACUCUCUACGCCUCAGUUACUGAAGUUAGGCGAUCGGUUAGGAGUGACAGGCUUGUAAAUUUUGCUUACACUUCGAAUGUAAUGUACAAUUACCUGUUUUAUCUUUCAGAUAGUUGCAGAAGUUUCACUUUUGGGUUGUUUCCUUCUUCAAAAUGUUUAGGUGCAUAUACAAGAAGAUUUCGAGAUGGUAUCUUACGGCUUUGUGUAGAAUGGUUGUUAUCGUUUGCCGUUAUGCCGGGAAAAGCUAGGAACAGAAUGAAAUUAUGUCAACAUUCUCAGUUAAAUUAUUGCUCUAGCUCUGAUCUUUGGUUU